UUGCUGGUGGUAGAGGACAAUCAACACCACCAUUCACAGUGACAUUUGGUGAUGGACAACCUACAGCCGAUGUUACCAGUUACUUACCUACGUGUGUUGUGCCCAGUGGAUCAGGACCAUUCAUUCGACUAGAGAAGACUGAUGGUAGUCUAGUGUUGGGUGAGACAGGUGCCUUCUCAGGAGUUACUAUUGUACAGGUGAACACCACAGUACAUCCUAUACUGGACACUUCAUACACUGGACUGUACCAUUGCAGAACAGCUACACACAACUCUUCACACACAUAUCAACUCAACAUUGUAGCUCAACAAGUUCAGUCAGGACCAUCCCCUACACCACUGACAUUGACCAACACUGGUGCUACUCACAACAUACCAUGCGUGUCAAGUGGAAACUUUCCUAUCAACUCAUCUUGGAUCUCAACAUUAACUCUAAACACACAGAUGAUCCAGACGGUGACACCUACGAAUAUGGUGAACUCAACGUUCAGCUUCCAGCAGAAUGAUUCACAGAUAGUGUUUACCGAAAGUGAUACAUCAGGCGUUACCUUCAUUAUACUCUGUACGACAUCGUAUACUACACACUUUGAUUGUUAUGGAAUGGGCUCAAAUCCUCCGCGUCCACAAGGUGUGAUUGACACAUGUGUGAAUGCUUCCAAAUCAAUAUCUACCACUGUCUCUGUCACAAUCCGAGCACUAUGUCCAGAUCUCAAUAACCGUGGUUUCAAUUACAAACCUUUUCCCGGUUUCAGCAGACAACCAGGUCCCCCAAUACCCAUCGAGUGCAUAAAAGGUUUUCUGUCUAACAAUAGUAUGGAAAUAACCCAGUCUACAUGCCAGGGCAACGGAAGGUGGCAACCAAGUCCACCAUUGUGUGAAAGUUGCAUGUUUGAAUGCAAUGACACUUAUGUGGUGGAUUGCAAUCAUGUACCGGCAGUGGGAAUGGCAAUGGCAACUGUCAACUGUAUUUGUGGACAAAACUUCCAAUGGACCAUGGGCAAAUGUCAACCCACACAUUGUCGGGAGUUAUUCUUGGCAACUUUGGUGACUAUACCCAGGAGUGCUGUUGGUACCAGCAUCACUGCAUCAUGUAAGACUGGUUACGAUAACAUCUCAAUUCCAUCUUCAGUGAAUUGCCAAGUUAAUGGAACAUGGACUACACUACCAACUUGCCAAGUUACUUUUAUGGAUCCAACGGCUAUCACGGCAAUAUCAGCUACUUCAACUCUAUCCUACACCACUACUGGCGCAGACAGUCAAACCUCAUCGUUAUACAUCCUUGGCACAGUGAUCGGCGCUGGUAUUGGCGGGAUAUUAGUAACGUUGGUGGCCGUAAUAGUGUAUCGAAAGAUGCAAAGCAAAGCGGUGCAGACUGAAGUUCCGAGUCAGACACAAAAUGCAGCAUACGAAGACGCUGAUAUUGCGGAGAGUUCCCUCACCAAAAGUGAUGCUUACGGUGUUGUAGAAUCCUCCCCGCAACCACAGCCUGAAUAUAUCUGCCUUCAUUAACUGAUUAGGCACGUUUUUCAUUCGCCUCUGUACUUUGGGCCGCUUUUCCUCAAUUCUCUGAUUCCGUAAAGAUUCCCUCGGAAUACAUUAUUCCAUUUCUACCCUGGUGCAUUUUGAUUCCGGCUAGAUUUUCAAAAUUAACCUUUCGCAUUUCCUCACACUGUCGCAUUCUGUACCAUUUUCAUAUCAUACCUCCCCAGACGCAUUGUGUUCCUUAGGGUCGUUUUUCCGGGAAUGUGCAAGAAUAGUUCACCUAUCUUUCUAUUUCAGCUUUCUUUCGUUGCAGUUCACAUAUAUGCUUCAAACUAACAUUAUCCUUAGGGGAACCCACAGCUCUUCCUUAGCGAGCCUCAUUGUAACACUAAAACUAUUCACCCUAUACGUACAAGAGAUCUCCUGUAUUCAUCCUCUGCAUUAAUAAUUAAUAAUAUGUCCCACGGAUCGCCGAAGUCGCACCAACCUCUUCUUCACAUUGUACCGCUGGCUUUUAUCUAGGGCUAUACGUGAUGAAUUAGUACGUACUGUUCUCACUGAAGUGAUUUGUAAUGUUGUUCUCUCUACAACAUUCUCCUUUUAACUGCAUGCACCUCCUCGCCUCGUCCUUAUCUCUGAUAUUUUGUUCACAGAACACCUCCAAGUAUCUCAAUUUCAGAUGUGUUUCGUCCAUGUAAGGCCAAUGAUUCAUCGCGCUGCUAACACAUAAAGCUGUGUGAGUAUUUUUGCUUUCGUUAGUGUUUUCUUC